AUGCAGGUUGAAACCGCCAACGACCCCAGCACGGCCGCCUUCAGUCGGGCCGUCGACCGGCUGGUGAACCUCUCGAUCGACAACUAUUACAACCCCUACCGGCAGUUCGACUGGGUCGACAGCAUCGGCGACGACGCGUGGUGGAUGUCGCCCAGCCUGAUGACGAUCCACGGCACCGAGCUGGAGACCGAGCUGUCGGAGGCCCAGCGCAAACUGCUGUCGAAGUGGGAGAGCAUCAACUUCUACAGCCUCAACGUCCACGGCAUCCGCGAGUUGAUGAACGCGGUGAUCGACCGCAUCCACACGCCGGGCUACGAGGUGCCGAGCGAGUUCUUCCACCAUUUCGUCGGUGAGGAGAACGAGCACAUGUGGUUCUUCGCCCACUUCUGCCUGAAGUACGGCGGCAAGCUCUAUCCCGACCGCCAGGUCAAGUUCGACAGCCAGCUCGAUCCGGAGGUGGAAACCUUCCUGGUCUUCGCGCGCAUCACGAUCUUCGAGGAGAUCGUCGACUACUUCAAUGCGCGCAUGGGCAAGGACCGCAGCCUCGCCGAGACGAUCCAGCAGAUCAACGAGAUGCACCAUGUCGACGAGAGCCGGCACAUCGCCUUCGGGCGCAAGCUGCUGACUCUGCUCUACGACCGGCUGCGCGCCAGCCGUUCGCCCGAGGAGCUGCGCGAGAUCGAGGCCUACCUGCGCCGCUACAUGGUCGCCAGCAUGCGGCAGUUCUACUCGGUCGAGGUCUAUCGCGACGCCGGGCUCGACCAGCCCUUCAAGCUGCGCCAGCGGCUUCUCGCCGACCCACGGCGCGCCGAACUCGACGAGCUGGCCCUGAAGCGCACGACCGGCUUCCUGGCCCAGACCAUGACCGAUGCCGCCCUGGCAGCGCAGACCGACCAGCAGCUCGACGCCGUGCUCGAGUGGCUGCACGCCAAGAAUCCCGACGCCGGCGAGAUCGGGAUGCAGGUCGACCUGAUCGAAAACCGCCUGGUCGACAGCCUGGACUUCAUGGAGUUCGUGCUGCUGCUCGAGGAGAUCAGCGGCCGCGAGAACCUGAUCGACCAGCUCUCGGUCGAUCACUUCCGCACCCUCGCCUCGAUCCGUGAGCAGCAAAACGAGAGGAAACGCGAGAUGACCACUGAUCCCACGGCGCGCGCCGCCGCGCCGCACGACCACGGCUACUGGGCCGCACCCGACGGCCUCGCCACCCUUGGCCCGGAGCUGGUCGAGGUGCGCGACCUGCUGGAGACCCGCAUCCGCGACUGGGCCGCCGAGAUCGGCGGGGCCGAGAUGGUCUAUCCGCCGCUGCUGCGGGUCGCCGAUCUGGAGAAGAUCGACUACUUCGCCAACUUCCCCCACCUGGGCAUGAUCGUCAGCCACAUCGGCGAGGAGCAUCUGGAGCGGGUGGCCGAAGGCGCCGGCCACCACGACUGCAUCCACGCCGCGCAACUGGCCGAUGCCGGCCUCGUCCUGCCCUCGGCCGCCUGCUACGGCGUCUACUUCCACCUGCAGGACCGGGUCCUCUCGCGCAGCCAGUACAUCACCACGGUGGUGCGUUGCUUCCGCAAGGAGGCGGCCUACGACCGCCUGCGCCGCCUGCUCGGCUUUUCCAUGCGCGAGAUCGUCUGCGUCGGCACCCGCGAGGACGUGCUGGCCCACCUCAAGACCUUCCGCGAGAAGAUCGCCGACUACGCGGGGCGGAUCGGCCUGCCUCUGAAGAUCGAGGCGGCGAGCGACCCCUUCUUCUCCAAGGACGCCGCCCGCACCGCCAUGCAGCAGCUCUUCCCGGUCAAGGAGGAGUUCGUCUUCGACGGCGACCUGGCGAUCGCCUCGGUCAACUUCCAUCGCAACUUCUUCGGCGAGCGCUGCAACAUCAAGCUGACCGACGGCAGCCCGGUGUUCACCGGCUGCGUCGCCUUCGGUCUGGAGCGCUGGCUGCAGGCCCUCGUCGAGCACUACGAGGGCGACUUCGCCGACAUCCGCGCCGCCCUGGCGGCCGGCAUGGGCGGCGUCGCCGGGCCGCCGCUGGUCGCCGCCGUGGCCAAUGCCGGAGCGGCCGGCAUCGUCGGCCUCUACAAGCACAAGCCCGAGGAAAUCCGCGCGCUGAUCGCGCAGACGCGGCAGCGCACCGAACGGGUCUUCGGCAUCAACCUGGUGCCCGAAGUGGUCGACGAGGCGGUGCUGGCCGAGCAGGUCAAGGCGGUGCUGGCCGAACCGAGCUGCCGCCCCUUCAUCACCUUCUUCGGCCUCGCCCCCUCGGCGGUCUGCGAUCUCGCGCGCGCCGCCGGCCGGCCGCUGCUGGUCCAGGUCGGCAGCCUGGAGGAGGCCCGCACCGCCGUCGCGCGCGGCGCCCAGGCGCUGAUCCUGCAGGGCCACGGGGCCGGCGGCCAUCACCUCGGCACCGCUUCCACCCAGGCGCUGCUCGCCGCGGUGCGGGCCGACGACCUCGGCGUGCCGCUGGUGGUGGCCGGCGGGAUCGGCUCCGGCGCGGAGUUCGUGCGCUACCGGCGACAGGGCGCGGCCGGCGCGCUCUGCGGCACACUGUUCAUCUGCGCCCGGGAAAGCUGGGCGCACCCCGCCUUCAAGCAGCGGGUGAUCGCGGCCGAGCCGCGCGACACGAUGAUCAGCUCGCUGUUCGAGAUCGGCUGGCCGGGCCGGCCGCACCGGGUCCUGCACAACCGCCUGACCCGCGCGGAGGCGCCGUUGCCGCGCAGCUUCAUCGGCCGCACCGAGUACUUCGGCCGCCCCUACCCGGUGCCGCGCUACAGCGCCGCCGUGCCUACCGUCUUCACGCAGGGCAAGGUCGAGGAGAUGGCGAUGUACUGCGGCACCUCCUGCCGCGACAUCGAACGCGAGGCCGGCGCGGCCGAGAUCGUCGCGGCCUUCGCCAAGGCGACCCUGACGGCCGAGGGAGGACGCCCCGUGGACCUUCAGUUCCUGCAGCUCACCAACUCCGCCUUCAAGUACUGGGAGUGCCAGCCGCUGUUCACCCUGGCGGCCACCGACGUCUUCGACCUGCUCGCCGAGGGGCCGAGGACGGCCGAGGAGAUCGUCGCCGCGCGCGGGCUCGACCCGGUCGUCGGCCGCGGCCUGCUGGACGCCGGGGUCGCGCUGAAGCUGCUGACCAAGGAGGGCGAGCGCUACGCCAACUCGCCCUCGGCCACGCGCUUCCUGACCCGCGGCAGCCCCGACUGCCUGUUGCACUGGGUGCGCGUCAUGGGCCGCUGGGCGGCGCCCUGGGCCCGGUUGACGGAGGUGGCGCGCAGCGGCCGCAACGCCGAAUCCCAGGGCCUGCGCCUGGGUCAGGAUCCGGCGUACAUGCGCGACUUCAUCCUGGGCAUGCACGAGUACGCCAGCUUCUCGGCCGAUCAGCUUGCCGACCACGUCGACCUCGCCGGGGCCGAGCGGCUGAUCGACGUCGGCGGCGGCGCCGGCACCUACGCCCUCGCCCUGCUGCGCGCCUACCCGGAGCUGCGGGCCGAGGUGCUGGAUCUGGAGCCGGUGCUGGCGAUCACCCGCGAGGUGGCCGAGGCCGCCGGCCUGUCGCAGCGCAUGAGCACGGCGGCGGUGGACUACAUGAGCGAUCCCUUCGGCCCCGACGGCGCGGCCGAUGCCGUGCUGCUGUCCAACGUGCUGCACCAGGAGGCGCCGGAGGUCUGCCACUCCAUGCUCGCCCGCGCGCUGGCCGCGGUGAAGCCGGGUGGCCAGGUCGUGAUCCAGGGACACUUCCUCAACGACGACCGCAUCUCCCCGACCUUCACCACAUUGCACAACCUCUCCGCGUUCAUCCUCUGGGAGGGCGGCCAGAGCUACACCGCCGCCGAGAUGAUCGAGAUCGCCGGCGGGGCGGGCCUGGCCGAGCUGAGCUGCGAGGCGGUCGGCAAGACGGGCCUGUCGGUC